CCCCUUCAUGUCAGUAGUCAGUACUAAAAAGAAAAACCCCAGUCUCUUCAAACCUCCGAAAACAGAACCAAUACUCCAUCUAAGUUACAGACCCCUCGAGCCUCAAAAAGAGUUAAUGGUGAAGGUCCAUCAAAGCUCACCUAACGACUACCAGCCUUCAAUGCUUGAGAUGGUUGGAUGUUUUGAGAUGGGCAUUUAUAUUCAGUUCCACCAGCCUUCCCAAGAACUCAGUUCUCCCCUGAAACCAGAUCUGAUCCUUCUUAUUUUCACCCAAACUACCUUCUCUGAAAAUAUGGAGAGCUCAACAAUGCAUCACCUGGCAAACCAAGAGGAAAGCUGGGUUGAUGAAGAGUACGAGGCUGUUUUCUCUGAUGAUGUUCCCCUGCAUCUUGCCGAGCCCAAACUGAGGCUUGUGGGCAAACUCUUCUGUGAUAGAGAAAUUAACAAGAAAAUUUUGGCUGGGAUGAUUAAUGGAGCCUGGUCGCAUUUCUGCGAACCAACGAUCCAAGACAUACCAAGGGCCAGAAAUAUUUUCAUAUUUAUCUUCAAUCAAAAGGAGGAAAUGGAGAAGGCAUGGGAAGGAAGACCUUGGCAGAUAUCUGGAAGCAUGCUCCAGCUCAAACAAUGGGACCAGGCCACUCGUCCCCAAAAUAUUGAUUUCAAUCUGGCUGAAUUCUGGGUCCAGGUACAUGGAAUCCCAGAUCACAAGCGGACUGUUCCCAAUGUUGAAGCGGCUGUGGCUAUGUUCAAGAAGAUACACAACAUCGACAUGAGGGGUCUGAACCCGGAUCGCUACAUGGAAUUCAUCAGAGUCUUCAUCCAAAUUGAUCUUAAUCGACCUCUUCCGCCAGGAUCCUACUGCACGACAGGAGGGGUCAGAGAGUGGCUUGGGUUUAGGUACGAAAAAUUGUAUGUUCUUUGUUACUACUGUGGGAGGCAUGGGCAUAGCAAAGCUGAGUGCCCAAGGAAAAGGGCGGAUCAAGAAGCAGGAAUUGCAGGGCCACCGGAGGGGAGGUUUACUCCCUGGAUGAAGGCGGGAACUAAGGCUAGCCGACCUCCACCACCACCGAGGGGCAGGGUGGUUCACCACUCGCCGGGAGACGCGGGAUCUAGCACUGGGUCGCCUGGUUUUCUGCAGAACCAACUUUGGAUCCCAGGGAGAGAAUCACCGGCGGCGGGGUCGUUCAAUCCUGGGUCGCCGGCGACCCCUUCUGCACAGGGAUCGGAGGAGAGUUGGGGGCAUGGUAAUCGAGGUCCUCCUGGAUUUACUCCACACCCCUUUCCUCCUUUUUCCUCAAGUCCGAGAUCAGCCAUGGGACCCCAACAGCAACGGCUACAUACCCCCUCACCUUGCCAGAAUCCUCAGAUGUAUGGGGCCAUCCCCUUUUUACCACCACAGACGAAUUUUCAGAGUGGUACAUCUUCGGCGGCUAGAAACCUCAACGAAGAGAUGGAGGCAGCAGCAAGGUGGGCCUACCUUUUUCCACAGCAGAUGGCGUACCAACAUGGAGAUCAUCUAGCUCAAGGAUGGCAGGCCCAUGACCAAAGCCAUUACCUCUCGGCCCAUCAGAAGCUCCUGGGAUCCAACAAUAAUAUGGGGCUUCCAACUCAACAGAAAGUGACACAAAUGGUUAUGGAGCUUAAUUCCAAGAUGGAUUUAAACAAAAAGCCUGCAGAGAUUGAGAGCCUUCUUCCAACUCACAGGAAUGAGGAGGGGCAAGCUGAACACAAGAAACGAAAACAUGGACAACCCCUGGAUUUUGAGCGUCCCUAUUUUUCUACUGGAGAAGGAGCAAGUAAGCCUCGUAAUGCAAUAAUGAAGAUAAAAGGGAAGAAACAUCAGAGUAAUUUAAGGAGGGAGGAGGCUGAAGGAGGUCCAGAAGAUUAUGGAAAGGGAGAUAAUCAGCAGCAUCAAGCUGCACCUGAAGCGCCGGUGGCCGGCUAUAAGCCACCAGGCGGAGAAUGAGUUGCUUGAGUUGGAAAUGUCGGGGGAUCGGGCAACCCCGGACAGAGAACCAUCUCAAAAGGAUGGUAAGGAAGCAUCGCCCUUCUCUUGUAUUUCUUAUGGAGACGAAGAAUACGAGAGAUAUUUUGGAAGAACAAAGGAUCGACAACAAU